AUGUAUUUGAACAAAGUAGUUACUGUUGUAGCUGGUUGCACAAAAAGUCGUGAUUUUAAUUAUGCAUGUUACAUAACUGAUAAUUUAUCCGAACUUUUGCCAAAUUUUUCUGUUCAUAAAAUUGGAAUACUGUUAACUGAUUGGGAGACUUGGUUAGCAGACAAAUGCCAAAAUCAUAAAUGGUCACAUACUUCUUCACCUUUGAUAUGGAGAGAAAUAGGAGUAUGUGGUGGAAGUUGCACUUAUAUUGGUGGACUUGAAGAAUAUAAAAAUUUCAUUCAACAUUAUUAUGGUAUAAAUCCUGUGCUCUCAACAUUGGACGAAAAAGUUCUGGAUUUAAACCCAUCAUUAGUAAUCUAUAAAUUGUUAUUUAUUUUUGGCAUAAAGUAUGAGUUAAAUGAAAGUAAGAACAAUAUUCUAAGAAUUACAAUCUAUGGUGCUGGUAGAUCUGUAUGUCCAGAUUUAGUUGCACAAUUGGCCACUAUAAAAGAAAUAAAUGAAGAUGGUGUAUCUAUUCAAUUACAUGACAAAGCAGGACAUUAUUUCAAAAUUAAUGAUAUUAUAGAAGAUGCAGUAGCUAUAGGUGGUGAAUUACGUUCAAUCAGAAAUAUUGAAAAUCUAUCUGAUGGACUGAAAAAUUGUAAUGUUCUUAUUGUCUUGGAUUUAACACUCAGAGAAGAUCAAGACUCAAUAAAUGAUUGGUUAAAAGAAAAUUACAAAUGUACAAAGAAUGUAGCAGAACAAAUUAAUGUUCAUGCACCUGCAGAUAUGAAAGUAAUUUUUUGUUCGACUGGACCAGCAUGUUUUUGUGCAAAUGUCAUGAUGAAAGAAGCAACAAAGUUAAAUAAAAAUAACAUUGUUGUUGUUAGUGCACACUGGGGUUUAGAAAUGAUAUAUGAGUUUACAAAAUCCAUUAAUGUUAGUAUCAAAGAAUUUGGAUGUCCUCCAAUUUGGGGAUUCUUAGGUGUUAACUACUAUGUUGAUAUGAGUCACACUUUACAAAGAUGCAGUGUUUAUGUACCAAAUAAAAGAGCAUUGAAUUCAUACAAUAGUUCAAGUCUUUCUCUUGGAAUAAAAUAUGAAGAAAAUAGAUGGUUUUCUUAUUUGACUUUUGAUAAGAAACCUCAUGAAAUACUUUCAAAUAGAAAGGCAGUAUGUUUAUAUCAAGUAGGUCGCACAGAAGAUUUUCAAAAAUGUAAAGCAAUUUGUGAUCUUUUGAAACUUUGGUAUCAAAAAGAUGUUUCAUUGAUUGGUGACGAAAUUAUUACUUUAGGAGUUGCAUCAAAUGGAACAUUUCAUUUCCCAGAAAAUUUAUUUUUCUCACAACCUGUGUAUUUAAAAGUGCAAGCUGAUAAUUCUCGCGUGUGGGUUCCUUAUUCUGAAUUUCCUUUGCCAGCAGACAUGAAAGCAAUUUUACAAAAUUUCAUUGAUACUGCAAUAAAUAUUUUGCAAACUAUGAAUUUAUUUGAUGGCAAAUUUAGUGUAGAUUUGAAAUUUCCGCGUAAAGCGUCAGUCAUAAAUAAAGUAAAAUGAUCCUAACCUAUGUGAUACUUAUCUCUUAAGUUUUGUUUACAACUUAUGUAGUGAUCAACGUAAACGUUUGAUAUGGAUUUUAUAAUAAA